CAGACAGGCAGGAAAGUGCGGCAGAUCAGUCCUGGCAGUGGAGUUGGUGAGAGGCGUUAUUUACUCCUCUCCUGUUCACCAAGCGCCUCGACAACUCUCUUUCUCACGUGUUUUUGUUGUGCUCGCAUUUCGCUCCUCGGCGCUGGAAUCUGGAUUACCCGGACGCCGUUGAGUUCUGCCCUUAGGCCAGCUUUUGCUGCAAAUCGACUCAUUCCGGUGGACACAAAUACCUGUGGUGCUGGUUUUUAGCGAGGAUGCUGAAGCACGUGCACAUCAGCCCGUGCAGGUCGAGGGCCGACUCGGUGAGCCUGUGCUCGAGCACCAGCCACUCGAGUCUGGGCGGCUCUUCGCCCCCGGAGCCCCUCAGCUCGCGCUCCUCCAGCUACAGCUCGCUCAACGAGGCCAUCCCCAACAUGACGACUAUCAAGGUGUACGCACAGUGCCUGCGCCCAGACAUUGAGUACAAGACUCUGUCAAUUUCGUUCUCCAGCACCAGCCUCGAGGUGAUCCAGGCGCUACUCGGCAAAUUCCGCAUGCGACACAAGGACCCGAAGCUCUUCUACCUCACCAUGGAAGUUGCUGUUCGCAGAGCAGGAAUCCGCACUUCUUUGGUUCUUGACGAUGACGCUCGCCCCGCUGAGCUUCAAUCUUGCCAUCCGAAAGGAGAUUCGAGAUUUGCUCUGCAAGCCCGGCAGGGUGGUCUUGUGAAAAUUUAUGACAGCGUCUUGAUGUCAGGGUCCCAGUACAAAAGUCUGCACAUAUCCGAGAAGACCACAGUAGACGAGUUGAUCCAGAUCCUCCUCAACUGCUACAACAGCAAGGAGCGUAAGGAGCUGUUCUCCCUCUUCGUGGUGCGUCCCUCCGAGGAGUACCAGCGAAAGCUGCACCACGAGGAUCUGCCCCUGCAGGUGCAGCAGUCGUGGGGGUCGCACUCCGACGCACACUUCAGACUGCACAGGAAUCCGGAUAGAGACAGGCCGAGACGAAAAAUCGGGUUACAGGAGCAAUGGUGCCGUGAAAUUGGCCUGCCGCCUCCACCCCCAAGCUCGCAGAACCACAACCUGCUGCGCACCUACGAGCAGCAGCUGCCGCCCAUCCUGCCACGAAGGGACCCAACGGGCCUGCUGAGGCAACAGCAGCAGCAGACCAUCAGAGCGCAGAUCACCUACAUGCCCACCAGCAUCCCUAUGAGGCAUUACAACCAGAAUAACUACAGCAACAACAACCGGAGGAUGUCACGCCCGUCGAGUCUGCUUGAGAACCCUGUGCCGCAGUUCCAGGCACUGCAGAUCGCCAAACCUGUCCACUCGUACAAAGAGUACGAAAACUACCUGUACAUCUAAUCAGAGAAUGCUGUUAGACGUUGAUGUGUAAAUGUGAAGAAUCUCAAGUCACCAGUGCAAGCUGAAUUUGAAAAGCGCAUGCAGGUGCUGUCGCCUCUAGUCGGAGCUUUUGAUUUGUAGCCAAAGAAAGCGCAGAGAGCUUUUUGCGUAAACACAGGUGCUGAUUUAUGAUGAAAAGCACACAAAUGCCUAUACUUGGCAGCGCAAUCCAAAAGUUUAUGUUUUUUCUGCGAUCUUCCAGUGAUUAUCUCCUUGAUAGGAAAAAAAAUUUGUCUUGUUUGAUAGUUAAAAUUGCUGCCAAGUUUGUGCGAGAGACAUUCAUUUACUCUAAACAAAUUUUUAUUUUGAACACAAUAUUAAAAAUAUAUUCCCAGGUAACCAAUAGAAGUGGCAGAUUGCAUUAUAGAAAAUAUGUUGUGUGGUUCGCAUUUUUACUAGCAAUUUGUAAGAAGUGCAACAGCAAACAAAUUCUGUGCUCUGCAUUUCAUAUCAAGUAUAAUAUAUUAUAGUUUAUCUUCCAUAAUCCUUAAAUGGAAACCAAAGAGAUAAAUGCGUGUUAAUUGUCUAGUGAGAAAUGUUCAAGUCUUCAAAGAUAAUAAAUAAGAAUAGAUAAAUCAAA